CGGCGCCCCCGAGCGCCCCGCCUCGCCUUCCGCGCCCAGCCUCUCCCCAGCUUUGCCACAGACACACACCCACCAAGCACCCACCACCCUCUGUCCCCGCUGGCCGCGGCUGGAACGGGCGGCAACUCUCGGCCCCAGCCCCUCGCCUUCCGGACUCGUGCAGGGCGAGCUCAGCCCCGCUGGGUUUUCCUCCUCUUCUAUCCCAGCCCUCUCUCCAGUCUGGGCGACCGCGGAGGCAGGAGGAUGGGGGCACUCGUAGGGAAAAGGGUGAAGAGCGAAGAAGAUUAUUGUUCUUUUUAAAGGAUGCCUUAGCUUCCUCCUGCCGUCUCGCCUCUGAGCCUUGCUACUAGAGACCUUGCACCAGAGUCAGGGAUGUAAGGCGAGGGUGGUGGCGGGGGAAAGCCGUCAGGAGCUCUCGCCAGCAGGGGAGACCCUCCUCUCAGUGGAGGGGAGGGGGAUUUCCAGCGACAGAUCAUUGGCGAAGGGGAUCGUCGCAGAGAGAGAAGCCCCGAGGGAGUGGGGAAUCCCACAACCCUUUGUGGCGCCCGAGCCCGUGCAGCCUGCUGAGCGGGUUCUGUGGGAGCUAGAUGUGCCAUUAGUAAUGCCUGCCUCAGAGGGAUAUCCCUUCAGUUGACCUUCCCACAGCUUGUUCUUUUGAGGACUCAGACUCUACAUCUUUGCCCCACUCAAAAUGGCAGAAAAGCUUCCUCCUGGCUUAAACAGAAAGACAUCAAGGUCAACACUUUCUCUUCCACCAGAACCUGUUGACAUUAUUAGGAGCAAAUCAUGCUCACGCAGAGUUAAAAUCAACGUAGGGGGCCUCAACCACGAAGUACUGUGGAGAACACUGGAUAGGCUGCCCAGGACGCGCCUGGGGAAGCUCCGAGACUGCAACACGCAUGAGAGUCUCCUGGAGGUGUGCGAUGACUACAACCUGAACGAGAACGAGUAUUUUUUUGAUCGGCACCCAGGAGCCUUCACCUCCAUAUUAAAUUUCUAUCGGACAGGGAAACUCCACAUGAUGGAAGAAAUGUGUGCUCUCUCUUUUGGUCAGGAGCUUGAUUACUGGGGGAUUGAUGAGAUCUAUUUAGAGUCUUGCUGUCAGGCCAGAUAUCAUCAAAAGAAAGAGCAAAUGAAUGAAGAACUGAGGCGAGAGGCAGAGACUAUGCGAGAACGGGAAGGAGAAGAGUUUGAUAAUACAUGCUGCCCUGAGAAAAGGAAGAAACUCUGGGACUUGCUGGAGAAACCCAACUCCUCAGUAGCUGCAAAGAUCUUGGCCAUUGUAUCCAUCCUGUUUAUUGUACUCUCCACCAUCGCUCUGUCUCUCAACACUCUCCCUGAGCUGCAGGAAAUGGAUGAAUUUGGGACGCUCAAUGACAACCGGCAGUUAGCGCACGUGGAGGCGGUGUGCAUUGCAUGGUUUACUAUGGAGUACCUUUUACGCUUCCUAUCCUCACCAAACAAGUGGAAGUUCUUUAAAGGCCCGCUAAAUGUCAUUGAUUUGCUGGCCAUCCUGCCCUACUACGUCACCAUUUUCCUCACAGAGUCCAACAAGAGCGUACUACAGUUCCAAAAUGUGAGGCGUGUGGUCCAGAUCUUCCGAAUCAUGCGCAUCCUGAGAAUCCUGAAACUUGCCAGACAUUCCACAGGCCUGCAGUCUCUGGGUUUCACCCUUAGGCGAAGUUACAAUGAAUUGGGCUUGCUGAUACUAUUUUUGGCCAUGGGGAUAAUGAUAUUUUCCAGCCUGGUAUUUUUUGCUGAGAAGGAUGAAGAUGCUACCAAGUUCACUAGCAUCCCAGCAUCGUUUUGGUGGGCCACCAUCACCAUGACCACUGUAGGCUAUGGUGACAUUUACCCAAAAACAUUACUAGGGAAAAUCGUCGGAGGCCUCUGCUGCAUUGCUGGGGUUCUGGUGAUUGCCCUUCCCAUCCCGAUCAUUGUCAAUAAUUUCUCUGAGUUUUACAAGGAGCAGAAACGCCAGGAGAAAGCAAUUAAAAGGAGAGAGGCCCUUGAGCGGGCCAAAAGGAAUGGAAGCAUUGUUUCUAUGAACUUAAAAGAUGCCUUUGCCCGAAGUAUAGAACUAAUAGAUGUGGCUGUGGAGAAGGGAGGAGAAUCAGCCAACACCAAGGACUCCACAGAUGAUAAUCACCUCUCUCCAAGCCGGUGGAAGUGGGCCAGGAAGGCACUGUCAGAAACAAGCUCCAACAAGUCUUUUGAGAAUAAGUACCAGGAGGUUAGCCAAAAAGACUCCCACGAGCAGCUGAACAACACUUCUUCCUCCAGCCCACAGCAUCUGAGCGCCCAGAAACUGGAGAUGUUGUACAAUGAAAUCACUAAAGCACAGCCUCAUGCUCACCCCAAUCUGGACUGCCAAGAACAGUCCGAGAGGCCAUCUGCCUAUGAAGAAGAGAUAGAAAUGGAAGAGGUGGUCUGCCCACAGGAACAGCUGGCCGUAGUGCAGACUGAGGUCAUUGUGGACAUGAAAAGCACCUCUAGCAUCGACAGCUUCACCAGCUGUGCCACUGACUUCACAGAGACUGAUCGAUCUCCCCUACCACCACCCUCAGCUUCUCACCUACAGAUGAAGUUCCCUCCUGACCUCCCAGGGAUAGAAGAGCACCAACGAACCAGGGCCCCCCCAUUUCUGACACGAGCCAGAGAGAAAGGGCCAGUAGCCAGGGAUGCCACCCUGGACUAUGCCCCAAUAGACGUAACAGUGAACCGCAAUGCCAGUGGUGCCCAGAGCGGAGCACAGGGCCCAGUGCAGGCUGAUAGUGCCUCUGAAAGCCCAAAGAGCUCACUGAAAGGCAGUAACCCACUCAAGUCCAGAUCACUCAAAGUGAACUUUAAGGAAAACAGAGGCAGUGCACCCCAGACCCCACCCAGCACAGCCAGACCACUGCCAGUCACCACAACUGACUUUUCACUUACCACCCCACAGCUCAUCAGCACCAUCCUCUUAGAAGAAAAGCCCGCCCAGGGAGACAGGCCCAGGUUGGGCACUGAGGGUUCAGCUCAUUGUCAGGGACCUUCCAAGGGACUGACCCCUCGGUUUCCCAAGCAGAAACUGUUCCCUUUCUCUUUGAGAGAGAGGAGGAGCUUCACUGAAAUAGACACUGGUGAAGAGGAUGACUUCUUAGAGCUUCAAGGGACAAGUCAGGAGAAGCAGGCAGACUCCAGCCCAAACUGCUUUGCAAAUCAACCUAGUGACGAAAGAGACCCUUUAAGAGAAGAGACCUGUGUGGGCCCCUCCUCCCCCCAGGACACCAGUCACAACUGUAGGCAAGACAUUUACCAUGCUGUGGCUGAAGUGAAAAAGGACGAUAGUCAAGAAGGGUGCAAGAUGGAAAACCAUUUAUUUGCCCCAGAAAUUCAUUCCAGCCCAGGAGACACAGGUUAUUGUCCUACACGAGAAACCAGCAUGUGACUAGAUACUAAAGCAAUAAACAAACAAACAAGCAAAAAAACUUGUUUCUUAAAAAUGUGGUUAAUGAUGCCUGUGAACUUAAAAAAAAAUAAAUAACAGGAAGUCCACCCCUCCCCUCAAAAUAAAGUGCAUAAAAUGUUAUUUUUGCAUGGCAUGAGCAGUUUAGUCUAAAUACUGUUUAAAUAAAGAGUCAAGACUGCAUUUUGUAACAAACAAAAAUGGCUGAAGAACAGUGAACAAAUAAAGAGAGCUCUGUUAGGAACC